UUUACAACCACCUAUACAUUACCACCAGACCAGCAAGAAACACCGGCCUCCCUCUGAUUACUGACCGGAAAUAAUAAUAAAAAUGGGUGCAGAAUCUGAAAAAAAUCAUCUCCAAGCAGAAACCCUUGUUCCAAAACCUAAUUCCGUUCCAAAUCCCAACCCUAAUUCUAUUACAGAAGCUCAAUUUAUCGCCUGGAAACUCCGAAAGGAUGCCGAAGCCUCUGCCAAAAAAGCUGAAUUGGCGAGGAAUCGUGCAGAGGAUAUAGCAGCAGGACUUGUUCAAAUGAAUGGCCGUGAGCUUGUUGAGCACGACCCCUCGGUUUUUGACAACACACUUUACUAAUUUUUUUUUUUUUUUUUUGAAGUACUGCAGUUUACGGAACUUUUUAUUACAGUGAACUUGUCUGAUACCGAAUCUUGUAAUAACUAGCAAUGGAUCUGCCAAUGUGAUCUUACGUACUGGUUCGAAGGAAAUGAAUGUGGUACCGUGUUUUUGUCUAAAUUACAGCUUUUGUAUCA